UCUACUUCCUGUUAGCCGGCAGCUUGUCAACCUUUAGAAGGAGCGCAGCAAACUUUUACCAACAACUUUAAAACUCAUCUUUCUACUCUGGUUUUAGGUUUCUUCAUGUAGCAUAAAUGCCGAAACCUUCGCCUAAAGCUCCGGGUUUCGUCUGCGUUCAUUGCUAGGCGAUGGACGGGCAGCAGAUCCAGGUGAGCGACGAAGAGCCCAAAGUCCUGCGUGAAGAGCCCCGGAGGAGGAGGAGAAAGAAAGCCAUCACGUCGUCCUCCUGCGCCUCCAUGGAUCAGAGUACUGUUGAGUUCGUCCUGCCGACCUUGGCGCGGGGCGGAAACAGCCCCGACACGCUGCUGCUGGAGGUCGCCGGGAACUGGACGGUGGAGCAGGUGAAAGCUCAGGUGUGGCUGAAGGCGGUGACCUUAAACCUCUGUCCUGAAUUCUAUCAGCGGCUUUCCCCUGACCACUGCAUCCUGCUCUACCAGAAGAAAGGCAACGUGUGUGAGAUCUACGAUAAGCACCAGGUGUUCCAGACGCUGGACUGCAUCCGUUACUGGAGAGCCCUGAAGAAAGACGUGGGGCGGAUCCAGUUGGUUCCCCGUCCACAGCCCUCAGACGAGUCCCAGCAGUACCAGCGCUACCUCAACUACCUGAUAGGCUACGACGUGACCGAUGUGAGCAACGUGCACGACGACGAGCUGGAGUUCACCCGCAGGAAGCUGCUGACGCCGCGGCGCAUCGAGCUGUCCGACCGUGACGCAAAACUCUACUCCAUGGACCCCUGGGUGACCCGCAAGCCGCUGCCUGAGCACCUGCUCAGCAAGGUCAGCAACACUCACAUCCUGGCGGUGAUCCACAUCGGCACGGCCAGCCAGACCAUCAAGGUCUCCAUCGACGACACGCCAGCACAGGUGUUGGUGAGCUUCUUCGCCAAAACGGCAAAUAAGAGAGUUUUGCUGGGCAUUCCCGACAACACGUGCGAGGGCGACUUUGUGCUCCGUGUGAGUGGAAGGGAGGAGUACCUGUACGGGGAUAAACCGCUGCAGGACUUCAACUGGAUCCGUCAGUGUCUGAAGAACGGGGAGGAAAUCCACCUGGUCCUGGUGACGCCGCCGGACACAGACCUGGAUCUGGUUCAGAAGGAGGACUGGGCACAAGUGGAUGAUUGCACCGGAGUCGCAGGUACCCAUGAGCAGCUGACCAUCGAUGAGAAGGACCAUGAGCGGGUGUUCACCAUCUCUAUGUGGGACUGUAACAGAAAGUUCAGGGUGAAGGUGCUGGGCAUUGACAUCCCAUCCCUCCCCAAGAUCCCAGAGUUUAUUGUCUUCAUAGAAGCUAGCAUCUUCCACGGCCAACAGCUUUUAGCUCAGGAGAGGACGUCCUCUAAAUCCUUCAAUGAAGAAGUGCUGUGGAACUGCUGGUUGGAGUUUAACAUUAAGAUCAAGGACCUGCCUAAAGGGGCGCGACUCAACCUCCAGGUGGUCUGCGGGAAGCAGCCCGUGACGCCAAACACCAAGGGAGCCUCCACCUACCAGGAUAAUACAGCAGGAACCAACAGCCAUGACGCAAAGACCAAGAGCCGCCUCCUGUACUACGUCAACCUGCUGCUGAUCGACCACCGCUCCCUGCUCCGCCAGGGCGAGUUCAUCCUCCACAUGUGGAAGAUGCCGGAGAAGAGCGACGAGAGCAGCAGCAGCAUCAACGCCGACAAGCUCACGUCGGCCACCAACCCGGACAAGGCCUCCGCCAUGGCCAUCGCCAUCCUGCUGGACAAGUACUGCUACCCCGUGGUGCUGCCCAAGAGCCGCGCCGUGGCCCGGGACUUCGGGGCCGGCGGCGAGGAGGCCGAGGGAGGGGAGCGCGGCCAGAGGGAGAUGCCCAACCACCUGAAGAAACAGUUUGCGGCCAUCGUGGCCACCGACCCCUUGCACCCGCUCAGCCCUGAGGACAAAGAGCUGCUGUGGCACUUCAGACACGAGUGUAUGCGCGACCCCAGGGCCUACCCAAAGCUCCUGGGUUCAGUCCGGUGGGGGAAACAGGAAGACGUUUUGGCAACGCACCGUCUGUUGGAGCGCAGCAGCGCGUGGGACAGCAGUGGUCGGGAUGUUGGUCUGGCCAUGCAGCUGCUGGACUGCCACUACUCGGACGCUCAGGUUCGCUCAAUGGCCGUCAGGAAGCUGGAGACUCUGGAGGACGACGACGUGCUCAGAUACCUCCUGCAGCUCGUACAGGCGGUCAAGUUUGAGCCGUACCAUGACAGCGCCCUUGUCAGGUUCCUGCUGAAGAGAGCUCUGAGGAGUAAGCGUAUCGGUCACUUUCUCUUCUGGUUCCUGCGCAGCGAGAUCGCCCAGUCCAUGCACUACCAGCAGAGGUACGCUGUCCUGCUGGAGGCCUACGUCAGAGGCUGCGGUGAAGACAUGCUGCUGGACUUCAGGAAACAGGUGGAGAUGACGGACGCUCUGCAGAAAGUCACCCGUGAGAUGAAGGCCAUGUCGGCCGACAAGUCCGAUAUUACCCCACAAGUGUUGUUUCAGUUGCGUCAGAAGCUGGAGAUGCUGCAGUCGUCCGGUCUGCCGGAGAGUUUCAGAGUCCCUUACGAUCCUGGACUAAGAGCUGGAGCCCUGCUGAUCGAGCAGUGUAAAGUGAUGGCGUCUAAGAAGAAGCCGCUGUGGCUGCAGUUUAAAAGGGCCGACCCCACCACUCUGUCCAAAGACUCCAUCGGCAUCAUCUUCAAAGACGGCGACGACCUCAGACAGGACAUGCUCAUCCUGCAGAUUCUGCUGAUUAUGGAGUCGAUCUGGGAGACGGAAUCGCUGGAUCUCUGUCUGUUACCGUACGGCUGCAUCUCCACUGGGAACAGAAUAGGUAUGAUUGAGAUUGUGAAGGACGCCACCACCAUCGCUAACAUCCAGCAGAGCGUUGUGGGAAGCACCGGAGCGUUUAAAGAUGAAAUCCUUCAUCAGUGGCUCCGGGACAAGUGUGUCAGCGAGGACAAGUUCCAGCAGGCUGUGGAGAGGUUCCUGUAUUCCUGCGGUGGCUACUGUGUGGCUACCUACGUUCUGGGUAUUGGGGAUCGCCACAAUGACAACAUCAUGAUCACUGAAUCUGGGAAUCUCUUCCACAUCGACUUUGGUCACAUCCUGGGGAACUACAAGAGCUUCAUGGGAAUCAGUAAGGAGUGGGUUCCCUUCGUGCUCACACCGGACUUCCUCUACGUCAUGGGAACGUCAGGAAAGAAGAGUAGCCCCCACUUCCAGAAGUUCCAGGACGUGUGUGUGAAGGCUUACCUCGCCCUUCGGCACCACACCAACCUGCUCAUCAUCCUCUUCUCCAUGAUGCUGAUGACCGGCAUGCCCCAGCUGACCAGCAAGGAAGACAUCGAGUACAUCCGCGAGGCGCUGACCGUCGGCCGCAGCGAGGACGAGGCGCAGCGCCACCUGCUGGACCAGAUAGAGAUCUGCAGGGAGAAAGGCUGGAUGGUUCAGAUCAACUGGUUUGUUCACCUGGUGCUGGGAAUUAAGCAGGGUGUGGAGAAACGGUCCACUUAGGUCUCUGUAUAAACUAGAUUUCAAGUUUUUCCUUAUAAGGUCAAAAGUUUUUUACUUGUGGUGUAAAUAUGUUUUACAAGAUGGUUCCAACAGAAGACUGGAAAGCUAUAAAGCUGAUCGCACAGAUUUAGAAUUUUAUCAUUUCAAAUAUAAAGACGUUUUUAUGAAGAAUAAUAAGAGAUGGGAUCUGACAAACCAAUCAAAACCAAUCAUUUCAACUAUGGAGAAAGGCUGGAACUUUAAAAUCAAAGCUAAACAGGGUCUGCAAGAGUGACUGAUUUUAAACCUGCAUGUAUGAAGACUUGGCACCGAGAUGUGUUAAUUAAAUGUAAUUGAUUAUAUUCUAUGGUGAGGAGACCUAGUGCAGAAUAUAUACGCCACAGGAGUGACCAAGUCAAACAUUCACAACAAACUCAAUAACAUUUAUAGGAGUUUUUAUUCCUCAUUUGCCUAAAUCAGGGGUCAGCAACCUUUACUAUCAAAAGAGACAUUUUAGGCAAAAAA